AUGUGCAGGAUGGACUGCAGGAUGGAUGGAUGCGCAAUUGGUUCUAACGGUUCUGGCAGCAAGUCAUGCGGCCCGCUGUCGGACUACCGCAUUCCAGAUUACAUACUAAAGCCGGACUCUGAACCAGUCAUCCUUGACAAUGCACCAUCUUGUCCCGUGGUAGUCUUCAUCAACUCUAGAAGCGGUGGCCAACUUGGAAGUGGUUUGAUCAAAUCAUACCGUGAAGUUCUCAAUGAAGCACAGGUCUUUGAUCUGUCUGAGGAGUCCCCUGACAAGGUGCUGCACAGGUUGUAUGCCAACUUCCAAAGGCUCAGGUCCAAUGCUGACACUCUUGCUAUUCAAAUUGAGAAGAGCCUGAGACUAAUUGUUGCUGGUGGUGAUGGCACGGCAAGUUGGCUGCUUGGAGUAGUUAGUGAUCUGAAGCUUACGCACUCACCCCCUGUUGCUACUGUGCCUCUGGGAACCGGAAACAACCUUCCUUUUUCAUUCGGAUGGGGAAAGAAGAACCCAGCUACUGACCAAGAGGCAGUGAAAUCAUUCCUUGGGCUAGUAAAAGGAGCAAGAGAAAUGCGCAUUGAUAGUUGGCAUAUCAUCAUGAGGAUGCGAGUACCACAGGAAGGUCCAUGUGAUCCUAUUGCUCCCUUAGAGCUGCCUCAUUCACUUCAUGCAUUCCACCGUGUAACUGGAUCCGAUGAGCUCAAUGUGGAGGGUUACCACACAUUCCGUGGAGGAUUUUGGAAUUACUUUAGUAUGGGAAUGGAUGCUCAAGUGUCAUAUGGGUUCCACUCUGAAAGGAAGAAAAAUCCAGAGAAGUUCAAAAACCAGCUAACGAAUCAGGGUACAUAUGCUAAGCUUGGACUUAAACAAGGAUGGUUUGCUCCUUCCCUAACCCAUUCCUCUUCAAGGAACAUUUCGCAACUUGCAAAGGUGAAGAUCAUGAAAAUUGGUGGCAAAUGGGAAGAGCUUAAAAUCCCGAGCAGUAUUCGAUCAAUUAUCUGCCUCAAUUUGCCAAGUUUUUCGGGAGGAUUCAAUCCCUGGGGAACCCCUGGCACGAGGAAGAAACAAGACAGGGACCUGACUGCGCCUUAUGUUGAUGAUGGACUCAUUGAGGUUGUCGGCUUUCGUGAUGCUUGGCACGGUCUCGUAUUGCUGGCCCCUAAUGGACACGGGACUCGUCUAGCACAGGCUCAUAGAAUCCGGUUCGAGUUCCACAAAGGAGCAGCCGACCACACGUUCAUGAGGGUCGACGGUGAGCCAUGGAAGCAGCCACUCCCCAGCAACGACGAGACUGUCGUCGUCGAGAUCUCCCACCUCCGUCAGGUCACCAUGCUCGCCAACGGCCACUGCAAGUCGAAGAGCGUCGAGGAGCCCGCGACUCCAUCAAGCCAUGGGCACGAGAACGACGACAGCGACAGCCUGGAGGAUGAGGACGAGUGGAAGGAGGGGAGGAAGAAGUUUGGGGCUGCGGAUACCUUCAAGUUACCUGAUGAGGUCGACAUUGCGCAUCUUAGCUGA